CGCAGUGAGGAUAAUGAAAUAAUUUGGACCAGAAAGACCCAGGGAAAUGCCCCUGCCUCUUCUGCUACGUUCACUUCAUCAGAACUGCCGGCACUCCUGCUCUCUCUCCCGGUCUCACGCUUCCAAUCCCUCCGUCGCCCUCUUUACUCUUCUCCGCCGCUUCAUGGCCGCAGCCGCCGCCGAUUCAGUAAGCCCAUCAAACACUCGUGUGGGAUGGAUCGGCACCGGCGUCAUGGGGCAGUCAAUGUGCGGUCACCUGAUUCGAGCUGGCUAUAAGCUCACCGUCUUCAAUCGAACUGUCUCUAAAGCUCAACCCCUUCUUGAUAUGGGUGCUCAGCUAGCUCAGUCUCCUCAAGCGGUGGCUUCCCAAUCCGACGUCGUUUUCUCCAUCGUCGGCUACCCCUCUGAUGUCCGUUCCGUCCUUCUGGACCCCAAAUCCGGUGUGCUCUCUGGACUUAGGCCUGGCGGAGUUCUCGUCGACAUGACUACUUCAGAGCCAUCCCUUGCCGUGGAAAUCGCCUCAGCUGCCGCCUCCAAAGGCUGCUACUCCAUUGACGCCCCUGUCUCCGGCGGUGAUCGGGGUGCUAAGAGCGGAACCCUAGCAAUCUUCACAGGGGGAGACGAAUCUGUAGUUCAUCGGUUAAGCCCAUUGUUUUCCCUUAUGGGGAAGGUUAAUUAUAUGGGUAGUAGUGGGAAGGGGCAAUUCGCGAAGUUAGCUAAUCAGAUUACGAUUGCUUCAACCAUGGUCGGGCUCGUGGAGGGUAUGGUGUAUGCUCAUAAGGCUGGGCUUGAUGUGGGAUUAUACUUGGAUGCAAUUUCGACGGGAGCGGCGGGUUCGAAGUCGCUGGAUUUGUAUGGGCAUAGAAUCUUGAAGAGGGACUUCGCGCCUGGAUUCUACGUGAAUCACUUUGUGAAGGACUUGGGGAUUUGUUUGAAGGAGUGUCAGAACAUGGGUAUUUCUUUGCCUGGGCUGGCUCUUGCUCAGCAGCUUUACGUGUCACUUAAGGCUUAUGGUGAAGGUAAUUUGGGAACUCAAUCACUAAUUUUGGUUCUAGAGCGACUCAACAAUGUUACUCUCAAACCAGGAACUCCGGGUGCUGCAUCCACUUAGGUCGGUAGCUUAUGUUGCUAGUUAAGCAAUGCAUUGUGGGGAACUAGAAUAAUUCUCGAUGACAAUGAACAUGGGGAUACCACAUUACGAUAUUAUCCCUUCCUUUGAACAACAGCUUAUCCUAUAUGAUGCUGGUUGUUGCUUGCGUUAGAUUGCUACAAUGUGGUUUGUGUUCCUUGGAUCCAUAACAUAUAGUAUGAUGUGAUAAAUACUUGAUUCUGAACUGGCUUAUCGUGCAUGGUAUUGUACUAUGGCUCAUUUCUAGAAACUAUGUCUAAGUCUAAAUGGUGUUGAACUCCGCCAAUUCAUAGAGACAAUUAAAUUAACUUGUGAUCAGAUUUGGUUGAGUAACAAUGCUAAGGCCCCCCCCCCCCCCCGGGGGGGGGGGGAGACCAGGUCAAGAGUGAGAACUCUCACCGUGUAUUUAAUUUUCUAUCAUUGCCAAUAGAAUGUAGACAUUAAU